AUGCGCUUGUACAAAUAUAAUUUUUUCAUCUCAUUAUUAUAUCAGAUCUUGCAUGGUGCAACAUCAGAUAACGAAUACGAUGAAGUACAAACGACAGAACAAACUGAAGAGGAGUGGCACAUGGAUUUCAUGCCGACAGGAUAUCUCCCGGACAGUGUGUACAGAGAGUUGGCCUGGUAUGGUAUACUGCAGAUCCAGCCACUACAUCACAGCUCCAAACAUAAAGUGGCCGCUCAAUUGAUCUGGCAGCAUACACUUGGUCGUCCGCACGUUAUCAUGGAGAAUCCACCACAAUCCACUCAAGCUCCAGGAAAAGUGAGCCGUCAAAUCCUGGCUGAAGAAGCAGCCAAGUGGUCGAGGGAACAACGCGCCGCUCAAGAGGUCCUCAUGGAGAACAUCAAGAGCGGUGGCAACGGUCUCACAGUUCGCACUGUCAUCAGCGCGACUGAGAAAACAGUAUAUAUCAUACAGAAUGGUAACUAUUAUAAAUGUCCUGAAGGAUCCGAGCCAGAUUUGGAUGCUUACCGCGUACAAGCCAACAUGCAUGAAAGGAAAUGCACAUACGGCAAACCAUCAAUAUCAGUUCCCGUGGAUCCUUGCAUAGAAGCUGAGAUGGCGCCAAUAGAGUACUCGUUCCAUGAAGGUUGGAUGUUCUGCUUGGGAAACGGAGAACGAGAAAACAAUUACUUCCAAAACGGAACCUUAGAUUGUGGUAAUAAAACAAAAGUGGCCGUCGAUGAGUUUUUGAACAUUUGCGCCAUAGACAAUAACAUUGUGAUAACGUUCGAUUACUUUGGUGAUGAGCCAAGGAAAGACAUGAUGCAUAACGCCACGUUGUGUACUUCGUGGGACCCCUGUCGCUUGUCGUACCUGUAUCGCCUAGAGCCUCCACCGGCUGAGCUGGCCCCAUCCUUCCCUACAACGUCGCCAAACCCAUGCGAUACCACAGUGUGUCCUGAAUGUGUUGAAGGCUAUACUGAAGAGGGUGGUGUGGAGAUUAAUGUGUCCGGCCAGGAGAGAGAGACUUUGAUGCCGGCAAAGUUAAACGAUUCAUUGAAUGGUGACCUGUUGAUCGCCAUACCAGGUUCCACUUCAAUAUUUGAUGGCGAUAGUGGUUCGGGUGCCAAAAAUCAGUACUGGCUUUUUACAAGGAAAAAUCGUGUUAGCUAUCAGUUACUCGUCCACGACGCUAUCAAUUCGGUUAAAGCGUCCAAUUACAAAGCGAACCGCAUGACUUAUUUCAUCGUGCACGGGUGGAUAGGCGACGGAACCUCUCCGUUCAACACUGAGGUAAAAGAUGCUCUUCUGGACGUGCAGAAUUGCAAUGUCAUCGUCGUAGACUGGCAUCAUCUUGCCAGCGGCACCUAUGGAGAAGCACAGAAUAGCGUACCUAGCGUUGGCAAAUACUUGGGAAAAUUUUUGGUGUGGCUCAGCAAAGCAACUGGUGGCAACUGGGACCUGGUCCACUUGAUCGGAUAUAGUUUGGGUGCGCACGUUGUUGGGAUUGCUGGCCGUGAAAUUGGUGGGCGGGCAAAAAGAGUCACAGGUUUAGAUCCCGCCGGUCCAGGGUGGACUGGUAACAAAAAUGCUUUAAACCCUAAAUCUGGUCGAUACGUAGAAGCGAUCCACACCAAUCCUGGAAUAUUGGGAAUUGAUAAGCCAUUGGCCCACGCCGAUUUCUAUCCCAAUUCUGGAGGACUAUUCCAACCAGGGUGCUUCUCCAUCACAUGCAGCCACCAAAGAUCAUAUCAGCUGUUCGCAUCUAGCGUCCGGUAUCCCAAUCGAUUCACUGGGCGCCAAUGUAGUCCCUUAAACUCAAUGAAGAAUAAACAGAAGCCAAUUUGUAAUGGUAAAGUUUUUUACAUGGGCAAUAUUGAUAAUAAUAAAAGCGGGAGACUACAAGACGUUUUUGAAGCAUCAACAAAAUUUUCACAUUUAAGUCUGCCUGCAUUAAAAGAAACAGAAUUAAAUAUACAUUUUACUACGUCUGAUGUAAUCGAUAUAGCCAAUACUUACAAUGGACAGGCACCUGUACUUCCUUUUGCUUCAAGUGAGGUGUUCAAAGCAGAAAUAACUGAAUGGAGAUGUCUCACAGCUAGAGACAAUGCCUACAAGGCUGUGUAUGAAAUCACAUUUGAUAUAUCGAAAGGGAAUUUUACAUUCAAACCUGGUGACACCAUAGGUGUCAUACCACAAAAUGAGAAAGAGGAUGUUGAUAUGAUUCUAGAAUGUUUGGAUCUAUCAUCAAAGGCUGAUUUACAGUACACUCUUGAAGCUCCCACUAACCAGAAAGGCUGUAAGAUUCCACUACACAUACCCGUAAAAUCUACUAUAAGCUAUGUUUUGAAAAAUAAUUGUGACCUAAGGGCUGUGCCUAAAAAGCUCUUCCUUUUAGCUUUAUCAAGACACACAAAAGAUGAAGAAGAAAGAAAGACAUUGGAAUACCUUUGCAGUAAAGAAGGAUCUGUAGCAUACAAUACACACAUACUGGACCAACGUUACAGCUUGCUGGAUUUGUUGUGCAUAUUCAAGAGCUGCAAGCCACCAAUACAAGUUUUGUUCAGUCAUUUGCCGAGAUUACUGCCUAGACCUUACUCAAUUGUGAACAGUAGCAUUAAAAGUUCAAAUGUAAUUAAAAUAUGCUUCUCUGUGAUGGACUUAAGGGACAAAAGAAAAGGUCUUGUCACAGGUUGGUUAGAAAAAGUAAUAACAGAAGGAAAAUUUUCAGUUGAAGAUAAGAUGCAGUCCCUUAGCCUUACUGACAGUUUGACUGUUCAGGUGCCCAUUUAUUUAAGGAAAAACAUGUCAGGUUUUAUACCCUCUGACAAUUUAGAAACACCUUUGAUAUUGAUAGCAGUAGGCACAGGUAUUGCUCCGUUUAUUGGUUUUCUAGAAGAAAGGCAGCGUUUGAAAGAAAAUUGUCCAGAAGUGAAUGCGGGCAUAGUGUGGUUAUUUUUUGGAUGCAGGAAUCCAAAGUUGGAUUUUAUUUAUGAAAAAGAGUUAAACAUGUUUCUAAAUAACAAGACAAUCAGUAAAAUUAGUACAUCCUUCUCUAGAAUAGAAAAUGCUGAAAGCAAAUACAUUCAGGAUGCGCUGACGCAGAAUGGUAAAGAUCUAGUUGAACUAAUUGAAACCGGAGCAUCUAUAUACGUUUGUGGAGAUCUAAACAAUAUGGCGGCGGAAGUUAAAGAAGCAAUCCUGAGCUGCCUAGUGAAGCAUGGUAACAGAACGCAAGAGGAAUCUAAAAUUUUCUUGGCUGAUAUGCAGACACAAAAGAAAUAUCUGGUAGAUGUUUGGAGCUGA